AUGGCCCUGCUCCAGAGAGCGAGCGCACUCCGUGCACAGCAGCAAGUGCACCGGCUGCGAGGCGGUUCUGCCCCGCUGCGCGUAUCUUUCCCACGACUCCUCCUCGGCAGAGCAAAUGUUCCGAGCAAAGAGCACAUCUGGAACAACAUGCUGGCUGCAAUGGACCAUUUAAUAUCCCCGCCUGAACAUCGACUCCUAGUUUUCCCGGGAGUAGAUGUACCUUUACGUGCCCCUGCUGAUGGGGGAGGCUGGAGCAAGGAGCUGCAGUGGAAGAACUGGAGGUGCAGGGGCAGGGGGAGGCCACAAGCUCUGGCUGGAGGACAGGCAGAGAAGCUGGUGCUGACUGGAGUCAGGUCCUUGCAGUACCCAAAAUUCUACACCACUGAAUUCUCUGAGAUACAAAGGCAGAAGGUUCAUUACUCACUUGAAUUCCUUGUGGAUAAUCCCACUCCCACACCAUUUUGUGAUCUUGCCAAUAUCAACAAUCCCGGUGCUUCUAAGAAAGUAAAUGAUUCUUUAAUAAAAGCAUUACUGAUUUGCUAAGAUAAAAAUUCCACAUGGCAGAGAGACAUGGAAGACAGGUUUAUUGCGCUGGACAACCAUGAAAGUAGGUCAGGUACAUGCUUUCUGGAGAUUCAUGAUGGUUGUCACGGUGUGACAGCUACAGAAACAAUUGUAGCAAAGCUUCCACUUCUAUUUCUUGAACAGCUUUCUCACAUAGAUUCCUCCCACAAAAAUAAAAAUGACAAAGAGCAAAUUCUAGAAUUUUUUGCCAGACUAAUCAAGGCAGAUUACAGGAAAAAAGAGAAGAACCAAGCAAUGAGGAGACCAACAAGACCAAUCUAUUGGAAAGUGUAUGCUAAGUCCUUUUGGAGAAUCAGAUUUUUACAGCUGGGAAGGAAUGAGGUUUCCAAAGUUCACUGGAGUGGUGGUUCAGCGGGAAAAAGAAUUCCUAGAGAAGAGAUGGAUGGCACCAAAGAAAACAUCCUGAAAACAACACACACAGCCCAUUACUGUGAGAUUACAAGCAAGAUACUUGUUUUCCCACAAAGAAGUGCACAAGCAGAGUGGAAUGGUGGAAACAUCAGCACUAAUAAACGAUUUGUAGAGGGAUACCUGAGAACUACAAGGGCUCUUGGACAUCACAGAGCUCCAGUAAAAAGAACAUGUGUUAUAUCUGUACUUCAUACUGCAUCUGUCCCUAUCAAUGUUACUUGCCAGUUUCUUAUUUUGACUUCUAAUGGGUUUGAGGGGUUCUGGAUUACCACUGCAGGUGAUGUUGGUCAAGAACUGCAAAAGACUGUAUCACCACUGGGUUCUAAACCACCACCACAGUUUGAAAAAGACACAAAAAUGUACCAAAUCAAUUGCAAAUCACAAGCUGCAGAGGAGACAGAGUCAGCUCAGAGACACUGCAAUGCAACAAGUCACCGUGAACAACUGGCAAAGACUGCAUUAGCUGCAGGUUCAAGAGACAAUAUUACUAUUUUGAUCAUACUUCUAAAUGGAUGCGAUAAGAUACCCAAUUACCUCAACAUUUAAAGAUUUAUCACAGGAUAACUGGAGUGCCACAAUAUAUAUAGGACGAGCUUAUAUUUAGCUGUGCCAUGAAUUUAUUGUAAGCAUCUUAAAUGCUGACCCAUACAGUGAAUCAGACAUCUUGUCUGGAACUGUACAAAUGCAGUAAAACCUCCUGAAACUCUGAAUAAGAACCAGUAAUCAAAAUUUUUUUAAACCACUUUAUUCAAACCUGAGCACCUCAAUAUAAAACUAAACACUGGUGAACUGUCAUUUUUCUUGCUAAACCCAGAUUACUGCAAAUUUAAAAUCUGCACAAGUAAGUUUCUAUCAGUUCAACAUUUAAAUAGACUAAUUCAUCUCUUCUGACACACUUUGUAGAUUUCAUAUAAUGAAAAUAACUAAAAGAAUUAGUGCAAUAUACUGGACUGAUCAAAAUAAAAUGUACUUUGGAAAACAAAGUUGCGAAGUUCAUUACUGACAGACAGCAGUACUUAUGUUACAGAUACAGGAGCAUCAUUUAUUACUGUUCUAGCCAUAAAGGAAGAACUCAGAACCCCCUUUGAUUAGAGAGGAAAAAAGUUAGCUUUAAGUAACUGUACAUUCUGUAUACCUUUAAGCAACUCUUAAAUAUUACAGAAAGUAUUAAACAAAUGUAGACUACAAUGCAGAGUACCUAUUUACAGUACAUUAAUAUUCAAAUUUAAAAUCAAGUUGGAUGUACAUAAUCGUUAGUGCACUAUUUUUUUUUCCUUAGGGGAAAAACAAACUGUAAUGGCCAGCAAUGAUCAGAAACAAGAAAGAAGUCACAGACACCAAGUUUGUUGUGGUUUUACUUGAAGAGCUCUUACAGUUUGUAGAGGACAAAAAAA